UUAAACAGAAGUAUGCAUUCUUCUCUGCAUCUCUAGCUGAUGAAUCAUACGAGACUGACAUGACAUUGGAUCUGUCCCUUUAAAAAUCCAGCACGCUGCUGGGCAAACUCCUCCUCCAGGGAGGUUCCUUUAAAUAAGCGCCUGCUGGCCAGGCCACCGGUUUACACUCGGAGCAUUACCUGCCAUUGAGGAUUCCUCCCCUGGAGGUGGCUCCCUGUCAGCAUGGCUGAAGAGUUUGUGAACUGCAAAAUCCAGCCGGGGAAGGUGGUUGUGUUCAUCAAGCCCUCCUGCCCCUACUGCAAGAGGACCCAAGAGCUCCUCAGCCAACUGCCCUUCAAACAAGGGGUUUUGGAAUUUGUCGAUAUCACAGCCACCAGUGACACUAGCAAGAUUCAAGAUUAUUUGCAACAGCUCACUGGAGCCAGAACAGUACCUCGGGUCUUUAUCGGUAAAGACUGUAUAGGCGGAUGCACUGACCUAAUGGAUAUGCAUCAGAGUGGGGAGCUGCUGAAGCGGCUAAAACAGAUUGGAGCUCUACAGUAAUUACAGGGCAGACGCCAGGAUGAUACCCCCUUGAGAGCUGGAUGGCAUUUCAAAGGAGGACCACACUUCCUGGCGGAUGGAUCUGGGGCUAACGGCCACAGCAACUGUUUACUUAAAAUUCUGAAAUGUGUUCACCCAAAAAAAAGGGGGGUGGUGGAUUUUUUGGCAAAAACAGCUUUUCCUUCUUUUGACUCAGUAUUAAAAAUGGACCAACUUGCCCCAAACCACAGGUUGGAGAAGGUUGAUAGACAUUUUGGGUUUCUUCUCCAUUGGCACUUUGGGUUCCAAAAGACCAUGACAAGUUAUGGCUUAGGAUUGACUCAGUGACCCAAAAGACAUUCUUUCUCUUGGGCACAUGUCUCUUAUGUUCUCCAUAUGCUAGGACCCCCCUACCUCUAAGUCAGUGUUUCUCAACCAAGAUUACUCCAAUCCUCUUUAGGAUUAAUCUAUAAUUGGUUUCCUGCUAUUGCCUGAAAGUUACUUGGUUGAGUUUUAGCUUGAUAGAAUUUGCAUUACAAAAACAAUAGGUAUUUUGAAUGUGCUUUUUCAAGUUAUAUGUGUCUCCCAGUCAUUAUCCCCAACUCACCCCAUCCUAUCUUGGGAAUCACUGCUCUGAAUCCGUGUUCUAACCUUGACAACUCACAGAUCUCAUAGGACAUGUUCAACAAUUCUGUUGAACCAGUACAGAGACUCUGUACUGGGUCUUGAGGACCCAACUUGGGAAACACCACAUGAAACGUUAAGCACUGUUGGUCUUCACUUGGUGCCACAGGGAUCAGAGGUAUCAGUGUAGCUGCUGCAAUCACGGGGUUCCUCUGUUAUGGAAGAUGGUCAUCCAGGCAAUCCGGAAGAAGAGUGUAUUGUUUAGAUUAUGAACAGAAGUCAAAUGCAACAUUUAAAAUGUUACCACAGGAAAUUUACAAACCCCUUCCCCAAGAGUAUGUCUGUGAAAGGGGCCAAAUUUGAGAAACAUGGUCCUAAAUGAUUGUCUCUCCCUCCUUUGUCCUUCACUCUGUGAAAACUUAAGAGUUCUUCAUUGUGAAGUUUGAUCUAGAACUGCAAUAUUAAGUUAAUUUCCUUCUGUGGUCUCUAGUGGGAAUGGUUAAUUUCUUUUCGAAUAUCCAGAGAUGACAGUGAUUUUUGCCUAAUUCUUUUCUAUGUUCCCAGUAUCUUAAGGAAUGGUAUUGUGAAAUACACCAAAUUAAAACUUUAUUCAUGUUUGUUCUCAAUCAUUAUAAAUAAAGGCACAUGCUAUUAUCCUUCACUAAGUACAAAUGGUUGAUAUGAU